AUGCUUGACGCAACAGGCAAACAAUUGCAAGACCUUAACGGAAAGUUGGAAACAGUCACGAAACAGUUACGAGCUAAGCAGAAGAAGAUGAUACAGCAACUGCACGAUAAGUUGGAUGUGGAACGAAUUCUUGUACGCAUGCAUAAAGUGAUCGACACCUGGGAUGAUCUACUGACGAAAUUCGAGGCACAGUUAGACACAGUUGCUACGAAGGUUACUGGUUACGUGGGAGAACACUCCGGCUUGGCCAAGGUUGCACUCUACCUCCUGUGUUUACCCAGUCUUCUGGCUCUUCGUUGCCAUCUGUUCUCUCUUACGGGAGAACCAGCCUCGGAGGAUAUAUUUUAA